GUUUUGCUCUCCGUGAUUAUUCCAGAACGUGGUAGCUCGUUAACGUGUUUUCGACUCUACUAAGCAUAUAUUCGUUGUUACCACUUCUGCUAACCUCACUGCAUAAAAGCCACAGAUAUGGUUGAAAUCGAAGAAACCCCACAGAAUGAGAAAGGUCUAGAUGUGACUCCAAAACAGGAUGGAGGAGUGUUGAAGGUGAUCAAGCGAGAGGGCCAUGGUGCUACCAAGCCAAACAGCGGUGACACCGUAACUGUUCACUAUGUAGGCACGUUGACUGAUGGAAGCAAGUUUGACUCGAGCAGAGACAGGGGUGAUCCGUUCGAGUUUGUUCUUGGAAAAGGAAGCGUCAUCAAGUCGUGGGACAUCGGCGUUGCGACCAUGCUCAAGGGCGAGAUCUGCGAGCUGACCUGCGGCAGCGAGUACGCGUACGGGAAGGCCGGGAGCCCGCCGAAGAUCCCCGCUGAUGCGACGCUGGUGUUCGAGGUGGAGCUGCUGAGCUGGCAAGGAGAGGAUCUGACGAAGGAGAAGGACGGCGGGGUCGUGAGGAGCAGGAUCAAAGAGGGAGACGGGUAUUCAUCGCCGAACGACGAGGCUACAGUGGGAGUGCAUGUCAUUGGCCGGCACGACGGCCGCGCGUUCGACGACCGUGACCUGACCUUUGUACUCGGCGAGGGCGAGGAGGUGGACGUGCCCGCGGGCGUCGAGCGCGCGCUCAAGAAGUUCAAGCUGCACGAGCGAUCUCUGCUGACACUGAAGCCAGAGUAUGCGUUCGGACGCUCCGGCCACGAGCGGUUCGGCGUGCCGGCGGACGCCGCAGUGGAGUACGAGAUAACGCUGAAUAGCUUCGAGAAGGCUAAGGAAUCUUGGGAAAUGGACAAGGAAGAGAAGUUGGAACAGGCAGAAGUCCUGAAGGAAAAGGGAACAACGUUCUUCAAGAAUGGAAAGUUUGGCCAGGCCGUUAAAAGCUACGAAACGGCUGUGAAAUACCUGGAGAAUGAGACUUACCUAGAUGAUGACAAGGUCAAAUGUGAUCAGGUGCUAUUAGCAGCACAUCUCAACAUCGCUCUGUGCUCCCUGAAGCUAAACAAGAACCUUGAUGCAGUGAAGCAUUGCGAGGACGCGAUGAAGAUAGACGCCAACAACGAGAAGGCGUUCUUCAGACGAGGAAUGGCUAAGCAGAACAUGGCGGACUACGAGGUGGCUCGCGAUGACUUCCUACGAACGCUCGACGUAAACUCCAAGAACCGCGACGCGCGGCGUCGCCGUCGUGCGCCUGCCAGCAGUGUGCAGCCCGCCAAAGAUCAAGGGUUUCCACGCGAUGCUGAGCGCAGCAUCGUACGGGAACAUGGUUCGAGAGUUCUGCGAAGGAGGAUCGAGAAGCACGGGACGGAGACGGCGACGAAGACACGGAUGGAGCCGACGAUCGACGACGUCGUGACGGUCCUACCACCGACGAGUGGCGAAAACGGACACACGGCAACGCCAGUGACCCUGUCGCACGGACCAGCAACCGAUGCAGAGAACCUAGGUGGCAUCGGUGAUGUACCGGAGGAUAAGGAGAAACAGAUGGACGUCUCCCAACCAGAAGAGGAAGCAGUAGCAUAAUAAUAAUGUCAGGCAUCUCAGCUGGAAGGAGAGGAGGAGGCUUACACCGCAAUCGUUUAACCAACGGAGGUUGAGGGGGGUGGCGAGUCGAUAAAAUUCGUGGCAAAGGCGAUAGAUACAACACGAUCUGUAUUAAUAGCCGUGACGUUCACGCGAGCUUGAGAUACAUCCUAAGGUUCUUGUACUGCCGGUUACACAUGUACACUUGCACGUGUAGGCACGAGGAAGCUGGAAGAAUGCCAGGGAUGCGAGGUUUCAACACACAAACGAGUUGUUAAAAAGCAGGCAGCAGAUCACUCGUUUCAUCGUUUCUGUUUGAAAUUGUUUGGUGAAAAAAUUCAUUGUCGUGGUGUAAAGCAAUUGUGUAACUUAUUUAUCCCCGGACCGGACACAGGUGUGGACAGAUUUUAUGGGUGUUAUCAGUGCCAGAACCAACCUAUGCAGUGUGGUAAGUUUGUCCUACAGCUCAAAAGCUGGCAGCUUGUAGGUCAUCGUGGCUACAUAUCCGUUCACUUUGUGCUAUCAAUGUCAUCGUCAUGCCGAAUGUAUGGUAUAACAUACAGCACUAGAACUAUAAUCUAUACAUAAUGUCUCGUGCAUAUGCGGAUUCGUUGCUGUUCGUGAAAUCAAGCACCUGUACAUGUCGUAUGUAAGCAGCGAAGAAUUGAAUCCUAGUCGUGGCCGCGAUGAAAUGCGCGACGUGGAGAAUAGUGAGAUAUCGUGUUAUAACAUGUACGUAUAACAUCUACAUUCCUAUUUGGCUUUUGCUUGCAUUUGGUGUGAGUUAGAGUAACUGCCGUGUCACGUUCUACAAUUCUACAAUUGUGUUCAUUGUCAUUUUUCGAAGGUUUCCGAAGAUCGCGCUUGAUACAUGUUGACGAAAAUACGUUCUUCCGUUCGGUUUUCGACGUGAAAUCGUUUUUGGCCUUUCUUGAGAAUUUUUAAAUAAAUCUGUGUUCUACAUCAUUA